AAAACGACUCAGCGGGUCGGCUCGAUGAACUCGAUGAAUGAAUCAUGAGCCUAGGCCAUUUCGAGAUUCUAGUGCGGCGCGCCCACUUACACGUCACUCUUUCUCCAUCAACACCAUCACUUUUUGGCAUCUAGCCGUCACGUUUCUCUGCGCGCCCCUGCGUCACGACCCUUUUUUGGGCCGCCAAUAUGGAGCUCCGGUGGCUCGCUACGCUGGUCGACAAGUCCACAUUCCCCACACGCGCAACCGUCCGUUGGCCGCGCCCAAAAUCGCUGUGGGUUACAACAGAUGCUGCAUCACGAUUCGUGCUGGCGACAUGUCCUGCAGACUCAGGCAGCUAACUUGGCAAUGGGCCAAUUGUAGCCAAUGCCUCCACGACCAGAACCCACCUCUCGGGCUCAAAUUCUCUCAAAUUCAGCGAACGAUGUGUUCCUACGUGGUCCAAUAGCGAGCACAGGCCAAGCUCGUCUUCCCAACAUGAGUCGGUGUGUUGCCAACGUGAGGCUGGCUAGGGUGGCAGAGCCACUUUGAAUUUCGACAAGUCGCGCGACACUUGGUUGCGUAUCUCAGCUUCUUUACCGGAACCUGUCUUGUGACGUUGUCCUGCACCUCUGCUUCGUCAAUUGGAGCGCUCUGUUUCAACCUACUGCCAUCGAGCCACGCACAAC